GGGUCUGCGCAGUCUCGCCGUCGUGACGCCAUUCUCCUGCGACUGCCGGAGCUCUGAGAUAGCGGUUGAUCGCGGCUGGCCGGCGGGAAACCUGGUAGGGGCUCCCUCUCUUCUGCGGCCUCUGACCUAGGAGCGGAAGGAAAAGCGGCGAGAUGACAGACCGCUACACCAUCCACAGUCAGCUGGAACACCUCCAGUCCAAGUACAUCGGCACGGGCCACGCCGACACCACCAAGUGGGAGUGGCUGGUGAACCAGCACCGCGACUCUUACUGCUCGUACAUGGGCCACUUCGACCUGCUCAACUACUUCGCCAUUGCCGAGAACGAGAGCAAAGCGCGAGUCCGCUUCAACCUGAUGGAGAAGAUGCUGCAGCCUUGCGGGCCGCCUGCCGACAAGCCCGAGGAGAACUGAGAGCCGCCCCCGCCCGGCCUUCGUCCACUGCAGUCUUUCCGGCGUCUCCCUGUCUGCGUAGACGGCUUCCCAAGCUUUGCGGGUAUGGACGUGCGUCUGCAGGGGUGACCCCCGACCUGCCUUCGUGUGCCCUCCGGACAUGAGAGACCGUGGGGACCCUGGGGACGGUGCUGGUGGAGAGGUCCCACAUUCUGGAAGCGUAGGGGAAGACUGCUGGACUAAGACGGGACUUGGAGGCUGGUUUUCGGCUUGAUUGCCGUUCUGGCUGUUUUUGAUAAAGUUUAGAAAUUGCCCA